AUCCAGCAACGUUGAAGAAGAUGUAUGAAACCAACAUCAUUGGCACACUCCUGUUUUCCAGAGCGGCCGUUUGGGAAAUGAUGGCCAAUGGUACUACAAAUGGCCACAUCAUUACCAUUUCCAGCUUGGUCGGGAAACAAGAUAUGAGCGCAUUCUCAGGAGCGUAUCUUGCAACUCACGAAACUGUGAGACAACUGACUGAAAUUCUAAAUGCCGAAGUUAGGGAAUCGCUUGAACCAAUUACAGUCACCAACAUACCCCCUCUUAGGUUAGUGGCUACCGACCCAGAAGAUUAUAUUCCAAUACGCCAAGUUACCGCAGAGGACAUCGCUACAGAAAUUUGCAAUGCUGUCUCCAUAGACCAUCCAUUAUUGCCAUUAUAUUUGUAAACGUCAAUGUAUGGU